GGUCGAACUCUUCUGGGUCACGUUGACGGUCUGGUUUCGCCUGGCGCGGGGCGGGCCCACCUUGGUCUACCUCUACUCGCUGAUCUUUUGGUCCGAAGACCUCAAUCGGCUCUCCACCAAGGAGUCUUGGACCUAUCACGGCAUGGCCAUUUUCUUUUCAAUUUUGAACUGGGGCUUGGCCAGCACCUUCCUGACGGCCUGGCGGAAGAAGGACAUGGAUAUGGCUGAGAGCUGCGCCACGAAGGCGAAGGACUUCGAGGAGAAGUUCCGUCAGCUGCUGCACCCGGAGGAUGAGGCUCAUGUGGCUGAGAAGGAGAUGAAGGAGGAGGAGCAGAGCAUUGCAGAGGACUUGCCAGAAGUGGUCAAGAAACCAUUGAUGCAGGUGACCCCCGAGCUCUUCGCCAGCAAGGUGCAGGGUGAGUCUGGCGAACUCUGGCUCGAGAUCGACAACGUGGCCUACGACCUCACUGAGUUCAUAGGCAAACAUCCCGGCGGCGACCAGAUCCUCCGGCAGUUUGCCGGUAAGGACGCUUCCAAGGCCUUCCACAAAGCCAAGCACUCCAUGAAAGCAAAGAUGCAAAUGCAGAUGUAUUGCGUGGGGCCCAUGAUGAAGGAACUCAAGGAGUAUAGGAUCUUCGAACACACCAAUGAGGUGAGAACGCUGUCCUUUAGCUUCAUGCAAGUGGCUGCCUUACUGGCCUUUGCCUGCUGGCUACUGCCCUACAGCUACUACCCCAGCGUUCGCAGCUUGCAGGCGACCGAGAGCUUCACCGCGCGGCUGCUGGCGCCCGGCUUGGCAUUUGCCGCUGGAACCUCCACACUGCUUUUGCCUGGGCGCCAGCGCUUCAAUCCGAGCACAUGGACCUGUGGCGCCAUCUACUUCGCAGUUUGUUUCACUGCCAUCUUGGUGGGGCUCGAGCUGGCGCGUCGGCCAGUGGUCACUGACGCCUGGCCCAGUGGCCUGGAGAUAGGCGCCGUGACCAUCUUCGUCGUCGAGGAAGUGGCGCUCCACCUGGGCGCAGAGGGGUGGAGAUAUCUCUACUGGCGGAGGAUCUUCCUGGCCGCCGGGCUGCUGCUUUUGUCCUGGAACCUUCGCGGUGCAACUCUGGACAUGGUGGACCAUUCCCCGGAGCACGUCAUGGGUGGUUUGCUCCUCGGCCUGGGCAUACCUGCCAUUUGCCGGCUGGCCUCCUCGCAAAACGAGGUGGUCAUGGAGCAGGCCUUGCAGGGUUUAGCCUUGACCACCUUUGCUUGCCUUCCUUGGUUGCUCUACUUGUUGAUGCCAGAGCAAGAUGGUCUUCGUACUCUCGCCCUCCAUGCUUGGGCCAAUUGGACGGUGAACACGUUGGUGAUGGCGAUUGCCUCCUCGUUGUGUGCACUGGUCUUCGUGGCGAUGGUGCUCAGCGAGGCUUGCGCUUCGAAGCCGCUGGCCUCGCGUUCCGUUGCAGUGAUGCUGAGCGUGGCGGUGGGGCUACGCUCUGGCUGGAGUGGCUGGCGCUGGCUGGCUUGGCUGUCCUGGUUCGCAUUGAUCGGCACCUUAGGGCAGAGGCACAUCGCCGUGCUACAGAGCUUGCAGAAGAGCGGCAAGCUGGGUGAACUGCCUGUGCAGCGGAUUGCUGUGCGAUCAGCUUGGGAGAUGUUCUACUUGGUCUUGGGUGCCAUGAUUUGGCAGGUGGGCCAGGGGCUCUUCAAAAUGCUCAUCAACGGCGUGAUGCCCCAGGAGCUCCAGUUCUACGCCCCCUGGCUGCCCUUCUUUGAGCUGGGCGAAGACGUGGACGUAGGUGUGGCGGCCUACUACGCGCCCAAGGAGGCCCUGAAGUCCAAAGUGGGUCCGCACCACUUCGUGUGCAGCGUCCGGCACCUGGACCCCUCGCACGCGGAGGGCCAGCGGGAUUUGCAGCUGCAGCAGAACACCGUCCGGGACAUGUGGCUGAAGUGCAAAGAUACGACCGCUGGAGGCCUGGUGGCCAACGUGAACUGCUUUUUCCCACGGCUCUCAGGCUCCACGCACUGCAAGGAGAUCAACCUCUCCGGCUGGGUCUCCGCUGACGCCGCGGAUGCUUGGAAGAAGCAGCAUGGCAGCUUGCCGGGUGGACAGGGCCCGAACAGCCGUGGGCAGAUGCGCACGAUGGGCAGCAUGGAGGCGAUCUUGACACCUCACGGGGAGAUCCGACACCAGGACCGCUGCUCCAGCUGCGCGCGGCUCUCGGAAUCGGCCACCUUGGGGGAGAAGGCGCCCGAACGCUGCAAGUUUUGCGGCAAGAAGAACUUCGGUUACCCCUUCUUCUGAGGCGGAUGCGACUCACCUGUGACCCAUGCUCACGGAGUCAUGAUUUUGUGAAGAGCGAAACAGGCAAGAACCAAUUCCUCCAACCCAGAACGGUAGAAGAGUUCUUGAGGCGUUCGACGCGUUCGACGGAACCUUCCUACACCUGCCUUCGGUAGUGCCACCUCCUCUUCACCACAACCGUGGAAGACUUUCCAAGUGCUUCUUGGUGCGAAUCCGCCCCACCCGUGGCUUCGGUCCGCCGAAGAGGCGUCCGAGUGGCGGUCCCCUCGGGGACACGGGUUGGGGCCGUUUUGAGGCCACAGAAGAUGGCCACGGAAGGGAGCGAGUGUUAGCUGGGCGGAGGAAGCGAGUCAAAAUGGUGAACGAGGC